GCGGCGCCUUUUUAUUUUAUUUGUUUGUUUGUUUGUCUGUCAGUGUUUGUUGCGCGCCGAAGCGAAGGACUCAAGGAAACAGACUCACUGACUGAGCCGAGUCUCGGGUCGCCGGAGGGAAGAGCAGCAUGUCGGAGAGGAUCCUCACGGCAGAUCCCCCGGACAUCACGAACGACAACUUCGAAGAGCUCCUGUCUAGUGAUGACCUACUGGUUUAUUAUUUCAAUGAGUUCUUAAGGCUUCUGGCUUUUUCUACACCUUUAAAAUACAGUAAGGACUGUGAAGUUUUUGAGUUGGUCAGUGAAACCGCAGAGUCCAUAUCCAAGAGGAUCCGAUCUCUGCUAUCACAGUAUAAGCUGAAACCUGCUGCAAGCCAGACGAUGAUCUCAAUCAGCACUUUACCUGACAAUAGAUGCACUGUCUUGUGCUUGGACAGAGAACAGGGGAUUGAGUGGAUCAAAAAGGAAAGGCUUCCCUUAUUUUUGCAAAGUGACUGUUACUUUGAAUACAGGCUUGCAAAGCUGCUAUCUCAGGUAGAUGGUACUCACUUGGGACACAGUCUUCUGGUGGACCUCAAGUAUCAACCCUGGGCUGUGAGCCCUCAGUGCCACCCCCCUGCCCCUGUUGACGAUCAGGGUGACGCUCUGAUGACGACGCUCUGUGAAUCCUUCGGUCAAGCAUCCGUGACAGACAGCAGUCCCUGGUUCUCAUUAGUUGAGGGGGGCCAGGCCUUGCUCAGCACCCAGGCAGCGCCGGCUCCAGUCUGUUCCCCAUGGAGAGAGGGAGGUGUGAGUGGUGCCUCGGAAGGUACUGGAGAUGUUCCCAGCAGCUGUGGUUCCCCAGUGCCCCUGUCUGAUGACCCAGCCAGCUACAGGAGCAGUGGUCAGGAUGUGGACAUCAGGAUGUCUGAAGAGGGCGCUCCUCCAUCCCCAUUGCCGGUCCAGAUAGCCAUGGACUCAGAGGUAGAUGGCACUCCACAGCGCAACCCUGAAGGAUCUCGCUCAGAUCGGUGUGAGCUGGGAUAUGACUGGGAGGUGCCGGCAGGGCCACGCGAAGGGAGAGAACACACACAGCAACGGGACAGUAAUGAGGCGUUUGAGAUGGGGGAAGACAUCGAAGAGAGUUACCAUGACAACAAGGUCUACAACCUGGAGGAGUUUAAGAGGACUUUACAUGGAACGCCAGGAGAGAAGCUCUUUUACCUUUGGAUAGAUAUUGAACGACUAAAGACUCUGCAGAAUGUGAAAAGAAAAAACAGGCUCCUGCUCCAGAUGAAGGACCACUACCUGCUAAGCGGAGGACCAUGCACGCUCAGUGUGGAGAUGCUGUCCAGGCUGAACAUUGCCAGCACCCUCUGCUGGAGGGAGGACAAACUAUGCCGUGUCCAGGCUUACAUCACAGAAGUAAUGCUGCUGUACUGGUGCCCAAGAUUCUGGAUGGUUCAUUCCCCCAGCGGUGAGGGCGGUGCGGCCCGCUUGAGACUUUGGAGAGAGCAGCAGUUACAGCUGCUGAUGGGCAUUGACCCUUACACACGUGCCAUCAGACUGCUACAGCAGCAACGGAGCAGAUCCUGUGUUCCUUGGGGAGUUCCCUCAGCUGGUUGGCAGACAGAUGAGGGUGCUGCUGGGGGCGGAUCCAGAGACUGGGGAGAUGACACGGAACGCAUGCUGCAGGUCCUGGCACAGGAGUCGAGGGCGGGGUUCUUUUUCACCUGCUUCUGUGAGCACUCAGGAAACAAGCUGUGGGAGAGCUGCAUCCACUUCUGGUGCGACCUGCAGCUGUUUCACCAGCUGUUCGGCGACGAUGGGCUGGAUCUCUUCAGACAGCAACGCCAAGCACAGUUGUUGUACUAUACCUACCUGUGCCCCAGCACACACAUGAGCAUUGGUGUAGAGGAGGAGUGCCGGAGGCACGUGCACGCAGGUCUGACGUCACCCCACAAGGAGCUGUUUGAGCAGGCAGAGCAGCAUGCCGUGGCUGUGCUGCGGGAGCCCUGGAGCCUGCUGAUGGCACAAGAUGAGCUGACCUUCAGUAGCGUGCAUUUGUGGGAGGAAAUGAGGUACGUAGAUGCAGUACAUUACAAGAAACUGCAGGCCCUGCACAGGAAGUCCUUGCGCACACUGAGCCAGAGUCCGUCAGCGAGCGGCCCCCCUCAGCCCCUGGUGGAAUCCCCAAAAGAACCAGACCCCUGGACGCUGGUUCCAGAACAGUUUCGCAAUUACCAUCUGGGCCAUCUCCUGCGUCGCCGGCAAGACCUCAAGCACUUCCAUGAUUUCUUGGAGGAGAACUUUGGAAGCACAGAUCUGAUGUGCUGGCUAGAGAUCGGGCAGCUGAGAAGGAUUCCUCAGAGGGAUGAAGCACAGAGGGCACAGCAGUCUGAAUCCAUCAGGAGCAAAUACCUCAACAGGAAGUACUUCUUUGGCCUCAACAGCCCAGCGACCAGGAAGGAGCAGGAAGAGGUUCUGCAGAAGGUUGGCGGCUGGGGGCAGCUGCUCCGGGGCUAUCUCUCAGCACCUGUACUGACUCACGUGCAGAACUUGGUAAGGCGCCGCAUAGAAAACAAGUGGCUGCCCCUCUACCUGGCCACACCCCAGUUUUCUGAGCGCCAGAGGAUGCAGGCACAGGUGACAGAUGUGGAGGAGGACGAGUUCAUCUUGCGGCAGCGGAAGAAGAGGGAGAUGUGGAAGAUGGACUUCUCAUGGAUGGCCACAGCCAAGGAAUUACCGGAAUUCUGUAGGGCUCUGCUGAAUCCGGUCACCUGCCUCGAGUUCCGACGCUUUGUUUCACUCAAGGGCGACUUCCUGGAGAACGGGGUGCUCUUCUGGCUGGAGGUGCAGAAGUACAAGGACCUGCACCAGUCGCACUCGGACGAGGCCACCAUCCAGCAGAAGGUGAACACCAUCAUCAGUUGCUUCAUCAACUCAUCGAUUCCGCCAGCAUUGCAGAUUGAUAUCCCCUCCGAGCAGGCGCGCCGCAUCCUGGAGCAGAAGCGGGAGCUGGGGCCCUAUGUGUUCCAGGAGGCACAGAUGACUGUGCUGGGGGACCUAUUCAAGCUGUGGCCAGAGUUCACAGCCUUCAAGAACAGUGUGGAGGAGCAGACACAAGUGCUUCCCCUGCUGGACAAGCAUAAGGCAGAGCAGCGGGAGCAGCUCAAGAGGCAGAGGGAGGAGGAGAAGGAGAGGAGGGCAAAGGUAAGAGCAGGGUCUGCAGGGGAACACACACGUACACACCUGUAUGAGGAGUGGUGCUUAAGCUGUUUAAGUUGGGAGGAGGCAGCAAAGUUGAGCUCACACUUUGCAGAGGGUCUCUUUGGGGAAGAUGGCAGUGGCUAUGGAAGUGGCCACGAGGACCUUUCCUGGGGGGCUGAAAACGGAGACACAAUCACCUCCUCUCGGCCGCUGUGCUGGUCAUACUCGCGGUACGUGGCAGCGCUGGACUGCGAGGAGCUCCUGCUGCAGAGACAUGCCCAGCAGGAGCAGGGCCUCGCCAGUCAGUUUACCUCCCGAACAGGUUCCCGUGCGUGUGACUUCAGAUCACGGACAGCUGACUCGUCCUCUGGACGUCGCCGUGUGUCCAAGGUCAUACGGCGGCUCGGCAACUCUGUGUCCUGCCCUCACCGCGGCCACAGCUGAGCAGCAUGGGACCCUCCUGGGAAGUCACUUGCCUUCCUGGGGUUAACUGACUUGAUAGGUCUGCUGUGGCAAGACAGGAAGUAGGCAGGAUUCUAAUUCCUGUGUGGAAUCAGUACUUACACUCCAGCUGUACCCUGGUACUUCAGCCCAGGAUAUUCAGCCUGAUGUUAUCCUGUCUGCAGGCUCCUCCACCCAAGGACACAAUGUCCACACAGAAGCUGCCGUUGAUCAUUCAGUGUUUAGACUCACAGAGCCUGGAGGGACCCGGUUCAGUUCUCUCUCCUGCCAGCAGGGGGCCUUUCAGUAGCCCCUCCCUCUCUUCCACCAUCUAGUGUGAAGUAUGUCACUAGUUAGUCUAAUAGACA